GAACCAUUUAGUGCCGGGAGAUUCCUUUCUUCUACAGCCAGUUGUGCAGUCACUAAGAUUUGGGUUGGUUUGAAGGAGUACUGGUAGUCUGAGGAUUAUCCAGUAGCAAGAUAAUUCACUUCGCGUUUGAGGAUCCCACUCCAAAACAAUGAAUAUUUUACCAAAAAAAAGAUGGCAUGUUUUAAAAAAAGAGAACAUUGCUCGGGUGAGGUCAGAUGAGGCAAAAUAUGAGGAGGAGCGAAGAAAAUUUGAAAUUAAAGCACAACUUGCUGAUCAGGAAGCGCGAAUAGAUUAUUUAAGAAGACAAAAAAAUAACCUAACAUCUAGCUCGGGAUCAGAUGGAUUCCAGAUAACUCUAACAAAAGAUAGUAUCCUGAAUGUCUCACAAGGAAACGCAGAAUACGAAAAUGAGAAGAAGAUCGAACAAGAGAGAAAAGAGAAAGCAGUUGGGAUUUUGACUUAUUUAGGCCAAACUGUUCUUGAUGCUGCCGGUGAAAAGCCGUGGUAUGAUGUGCACCCUCGAACUUAUGAGCGUCGUGAGAGCGAACGAAGAAAGACCAAAGAAGAACUGGAAAUAAAGAAGAAGACAUUGGCUGACCCAUUAACAGAAAUGAAGAAGGUCGAGGAGAUGUUCAAACACAAUAAGGAAGUAAAAAGGCAGAGCGAAGCAGCUGAACUUCAACGUGCCAGUGCUUGCAUUCAUGCUAUGCCAACCUUAUUUCCUGAUGACAUAAUGGUACCAAAGUGCCCAUACAAAGAGGCUUCGAAAAGUCGACGAACAGGUAAUAGGUAUACUCAAUCACUUACUGAAACUUCAUGUAAUUCAUUUGGGGAGCUAACGAAAGAUUUAUCCACGGGGGUUUCUCUGAAUCCCGAAAGUAUGGAUAAAAAAUCAGAAUUGAUUGAAAUGGCCAAGCGUUCAGACAUUAAUCGUCUUCGGGCUGAAAGACUGCGACGAGAACGAAAGGAAAGAGACAGGGCAGCAGUUUUACUGGCUAAAUCUUUUGGUUUAGAUGCUUUAAAACCUCCAGAUCAAGAACAAGUGUAUGUAGACGAACGAAGUUUGCCCUUUAAUUCUGCAUUUAAUCCUGAACUGUCAGCUAUCCUGGCUGAACGACGUCAACGACAUCGUGAGUCGAGAAAGCGGAGUUACAAAGAGGUGAAUUAAAUCUUUGCAAAUGGUGAUUUCGCAAACUGUACAUAUUGUGUUUUUUUUCAUUUUCACAAAUGAUCUGAAAACUAUUGGGAUAUGUUAUGUGUAAGUAGUUCUAGUCGUUUGGCCAAAGCCUUUAGUUAUCGUUUUCGAUUGUCUCCAAAAUAUAAAUACCCUUUAUUUGUGG